AUGGACCAGAUCGUGUUGGACGAAUCGGACGACGGCGAAGAGGCUGCAAGCCCCGGCGCCCCGAACGACGGUCUUGUGGAGGUCCCGCCUCCGGUGCAGUUCGCUUCGAACUGGUGGCGCAUGCUUACCUACUCAGGUAUGACUUGGUAUUGCUUUCACUCCUCCCAGCCGGACGAGUGGUGGGCAGUGCUCUUGAAAAAGUCCGUGACUACAGCCUGGUUGCGGACGAUAUGUGGGUACAGCACAUGGCUGGCUACAGAUGACACAGAAGCCUUCACGCGACAAGGACGAUAUGUGCCCUUGCCGUUGAUGCAGGAACUGAACUUGCACAAGAUCGUGUGCUACGGACGACGGCCGAUCGCCAUCCGCCUCACCGACCUGGACGACUGCCUGUCGCACAGACUAACAAAGGAGACCUACUCUCUGUGGAGGAAGGCCGUGGAAGAAAACCUGUUGAGCCCGGAUUUGCCUGCCGUUUCCAGCGUCGGACCGGUUGGUGCUUUUGAUGCCAUGCAUGACCUGGACAGAGCGCACUUCCGUGGGCAGGGCAACAAGAAGAGGGUGCUGGUCCAGAAGACUCAGGGCUCCGGCGAGAAGCAAGCUGUUCAGUGGCGAAUGGAGCGGCCCACAGAACGGACGACGACUGUGCGGAGCAUCGACACGCCCCCUCCCCUGGUGAAGAUGGUCGAGAAGCUUCCCCGGAGGGGCAACUGGCUCUGCUAUCCGUCCGGCGGCUUCUACUGCUAUCCCUGCCUCGUGGCAGGGCGCGAGUGUGUCGGGCGCAGGUACCACAGCCAGGGAUGGAAAUGCAUUCCUUGUAGCUGCUGCCGACAGCAGGGCCUGUCGCUGAGGCACUGCGCAGUGCCCCGCGCCUAUGUGAAAACACGGUCCUGCGAAUGGUUGCAAGGAGAUUGGGCAUCCAUUUCGCCAGAGAACCCUUCUGCUUGCCACUGCUGCCAGAAGAUGGGGCCGAUUCGCGGAGCAGUGCACUGCCACUCCUGCUCGGCUUGGGUUUGCCCAGAGAAGUCCUGUCGGGAGAAGGCGAAAGUGCUUGAUGACCUGCCUCUUUGGUUUUGCUGCCAUUGCAUGGGCAUCCCGCUCGUUUGCAGAUGUCCACAGAGCGAGAAGGAAGUGAGUCAAUUGCUUUUAAAGACGGAGCUGCGGAGAAAUCUGCCUGCGGAGCUGCGAAGCUCCCGAGAGCUGCCAAAGACUGCAGACCUCAAUCGCAAGAGUAGACGCUGCCAAACUUGGUGGCAAGGCACGAACAUCGAGCCUCUCCCUUGCGCAGAUCCACCCGCCCAUCGCCGCUUCAUCGAUGAUGCUGGCAUGCUGCGGAAGAUGCAGCCGCUGGAGUACAAUGCUCUUGCAGAGAGCCUCAAAUCCCUGCGUCAAGACAUCCCGGUGGAGACGGAGCAGCAGCAGAAGGCCUGCCUCGAAUGGCUCGUCGAGCAGACAUUUGCAGAGCCGUCGCUGAUAAUCAGCUUCCUGCUGAAGUUGCACAGCGAAGCAGAGAAGGACCGCUAUCCGUUCCUCCGGAACACCGCAAAGAAGCGGCAUCAGAUGCCUUCGGCCCUGGAAGGUUUUAUCGCGUACUGGCCCAAUGUUCGGCUGGAAGAUCGCAGCGGUUCCAUCUGGGAUUUGCCCAUUAAGGCGUCCAAAGAAGACAGCAUUCUGAAGACUCGCGCGAAUCCACUCAAGAGGCGAGAGAGGUUGAAAGAGAAGAAGAAGGAACAGCAGCGCCAAGCAAAGGCACUUGACCUUCAACGUCGCAAAGCCUUCGACGAGGGAAUUCAGCAGCACCUGGCUGCUGCCAGUGUGAGAGAAGAGAUUCCGCUGGAAGAUGAGUUUGUGUUUUAA